AUGAGAGCCUGCACCCGAGUAGGACCAGUGCCAGAGGAGAGAAGGGACAUCUUCAAGAGCUGUAAAAUUGGCAAGACCUGGCCACAGAUAGGACAUGAAAGGCGAGAGAGAGAGGCUGUUACUUGGGUUGUGAGCCUGAGGGCCUGGGACCAUAGUGUUACCCUCUACAAUAAUAGGGAAGAGUGGGUUCCCAGGGCCUCUGAAGGGUGGGUAAGCAUGGAUGGACAGGAAUUCCUCACUGCCUUCCUGCAGAGUUGUGAACCCGGCUACCACUCAGCCCACCUCCACCUCCUUCUCUCCAGCCUUACCAAUAGCCCUGCUACUGUUACUGUCCUAAGCCGGGUGACCAAGAUCACUGUGAGUACAGAACAGACGGUCACAGUCAGUGUCAGCAGUAUAGCUAAAAUGACUGACAAUGCGCCUUUCCUUCAGACUGUGGUAAUCAGCUCGGACAGUGCCAUCGCGAUACAAGUGAUCGGUGCUAAGCCAAAUAGAGCUGCACUGACCUUGGUCUACCCUGUCAAAAUGCUGGCCACUGAGCACUUUGUGCUCACACCUCCAGAGACAUCCCUUAAGAAUGUCAAGGAGUUUGCAAUGAUGGCCGGUGCCCCGGGGGCCUCUGUCAGCAUCCAGAUGAAGGGCUCGGCAACUUUCCAGGAUCGGUUGCAUCCGGCAGGCAGCACCCUGGCUGUAGAGCUGGGGCCCUAUGACGUGGCCCAGCUGACCUCUCUGGCCCCUGGGGGGCUCCAGGAUGAUGAUGUGGUUGAAUUUGAUAUCCGCCCAUCCUACCCACUCUACCUGUCAGCCAAUGCCCGCAGCCAGGGCCUGCUCUUUGGCCCAGGGGCCGAGUGAGGGUCAGUGACCUACGACCCUCCUGUGGAUGGCUACUGCUCGUUCUAUGUGAUCAGUGGGGUACCUGGGACCAAGGGCAUUGCCCUACUGGUAGCAAAGACAGCCACUGUCAGAGGCAUUACUAUGGAUGGUCGGACUUUGAGGUCAAAGAUCACAUGGGCAUCUGUGCCCAGCAGUGAGUUCUCCUGUGCAGAGGUCAGUUUUGAGACAGAUGGCAGGACACACAGUGCUGAGGCUGGAACUACCUGUGGGCAGCUGACUCUUGGGCCGGCUCCUUCUGUGGGGUUUGGGACAGCAGCUGCAUGUGGCCUGGCUUCCCAUUUCUUCCCCAGCCUCUUUUCCCCAAGCCCCCUUCGCCGAAUUCUCUCCUCUGCCUCACGCCUCUCUACCUCUGUGCCAUAUCUUUCCCUCCCAGGGCCCUCACAGUGCUUGGCUGCCUCAUCCGCCACGUGCUGGGCCCAGGGGGACCCACACUACACGACCUUUGACGGCCGUCGCUAUGACUUCAUGGGCACAUGCUUGUACUCCAUGUCUGAGCUGCGUGACUCUGAUGGCAACCUGCCUGCCUUCAGUGUGGAGGCCAAGAAUGAACAUCGCAGAAGCAAGAAGGUGUCCUAUGUGGGCCUGGUGAAAGUCAGCGCCUACAGCCAAGUGGUGUCCUUGGCUCGAGGGCAGCAGGGCUUUGUCCAGAUCAACUACCAGAAGUCUCGGCUGCCAGUGUCCCUGAAUGAGGGAAAGCUGAGGGUGUUCCAGAGUGGAUCCCGGGGCGUGGUAGAGACGGACUUUGGGCUUCGCGUCACCUACGACUGGGACUCCCAGCUGAGUCUGACCCUGCCGUCCAGCUUCCAGAAUAAGGUCUACGGUCUCUGCGGGAACUACAACGGGGAUCCCUCGGACGACUUCCUCACCCCGGACGAGACGCAGGCCGCCGACGCCGUGGAGUUUGGCGAGAACUGGAAGCUGGAUGACGGUGACGAGUUCUGCUCCAAGGACUGCCAGGGAGGCUGCCCCAGCUGCACCCCCGAGCAGAGCCAGCGCUAUGAGGGCGACCAGGUCUGUGGGCUGCUGAGCCUGGCGGGGGGCCCCUUUGCCCUCUGUCAUGACAUCUUAGCCCCCAGGUCCUUCUUAAAUGACUGUGUCUAUGACCUGUGUGCCACCGGGGGUGACCGGCCCAGCCUCUGCCAGUCUCUGGAUGCCUAUGCCACGGCCUGUAGGGAGCAGGGGGUCUCCAUUGGGGACUGGAGGACGCCCGCUGGCUGCCCGAUGACCUGCCCUCCUAACAGCUUCUAUAAUGCCUGUGGCAAUGCCUGCCCUGCGUCCUGUUUCCAAGCUUCGGCCCCCUCGGAUUGCGGUUCCCGGCCAUGCGUGGAGAGCUGCGUGUGCAGAGAGGGCUUCGUGCUGAGCGGGGACGCCUGCGUGCCCACCUCGGCCUGCGGCUGUCAGUACCAGGGCCGCGUGCUAGCCCCCGGAGACAAAGUCUGGGGAGAUGAUCUGUGCCGGCAGCAGUGCGUCUGCGAUGGGAAGACGCAGCAGGUGCAAUGCCAGAACACGGGGGGCUGCCCUGCCGGGGAGCGCUGCCGGGUCCUGAACGAGCUCCAAGGCUGUUACCCAGACAGCUAUGCGACGUGCCAGGCCUCGGGGGACCCCCACUACACCAGCUUUGACGGGCGGCGCUUUGACUUCAUGGGCACCUGCGUCUACCUGCUGACGGGGUCUUGUGGCCAGGAUGAGGCACUGCCCGACUUCAAGGUUCUGGUGGAGAAUGAGCACCGGGGCAGCCAGGUGGUGUCCUACACCCGGGCUGUGCGCGUACAAGCCCGAGGGGUGGAGGUCGCUGUCCGCAGGAAGUAUCCCGGCAGGGUCCUGGUGAAUGGGGUGCUACAGUACCUGCCCUACCAAGCGGCCGGGGGCCAAGUUCAGAUUUUCCAGAGCGGCUCUAAUGCUGUGAUUCGCACUGACUUUGGCCUGACGGUCUCCUAUGAUUGGGAUGCCCUGGCAAAAGUCCGAGUUCCAAACAGCUACGCCAACGCUCUCUGCGGCCUCUGUGGGAAUUUCAACAAGGACCCUAAGGAUGACUUCACCCUGCGGAAUGGGACCCUCGCUGACAAUGCGUUGACCUUUGGGCAGAACUGGCAGGAGGAGACUGUCCCUGGGUGUGAGGCUGUCACUCCAGGAGAGUGCCCACAGCUGGAUGACCUCCUAGCCCAGCAGUUACAGAGCAAGAAGGAAUGUGGACUAGUGAAGGACCCAGAGGGGCCGUUCCGGGACUGCCAGGCCAAGGUGGACCCUGAGGGCUUCUUCCAUGACUGUGUGUAUGACAGGUGCCUGCUGGCUGGCCAGCCCAAUGUGGGCUGUGAUAAUGUGGCUGCCUAUGUAGCUGCCUGCCACGCCGCUGGGGCCACCGUCCACUCCUGGAGGAGUGACCAAUUCUGCUCUCUGAGCUGCCCUGCACACAGUCACUAUGAAGAAUGCUUCCGAGGCUGCCCAGUAUCCUGCAAUGACGUCUCCGUCCCUGAGGGCUGUGGCUCAGAGUGCCAAGCGGGCUGCGUGUGUGAUGAGGGGUUUGCUCUCAGUGGGAAAGACUGCAUCCCCCUUGCCCAGUGCGGUUGUCAGUUUCAGGGCUCGUACUAUGUCGUGGGCCAGUCCUUUUACCCGGGCCCAGGCUGCGACUCCCUCUGCAAAUGUGGGGAGGCGGGCAUUGUCACCUGCUUGCCCUCCACCUGCGGGCCCCAUGAAGACUGCCAGGUGGCCGAUGGCGCCCUGGGCUGUGUGGUCGUGGGCUCGGCCACCUGCCUGGCAUCUGGGGACCCCCACUACACCACCUUUGAUGGGCGGAAAUUCGACUACAUGGGUGUCUGUGUCUACACCCUGGUCCGUACCUGUGGUUCUCAGAGUGACUUAGAGGACUUUCAAGUCCUGGUGGAGAAUGUGGCCUGGGGCAAUGGGGCUGUCAGCGUUACUCGGGCAGUGACUGUCAUUGUGGCUGGCGUCACCUUGGUGCUGGAGCAAAAUCAACAAAAGGUCAAGGUAGAUGGCGUGGCCCUGAAACUCCCCGUGGUCCUGCUCGGUGGCCGUGUCCGAGCCUAUAAGAACGGGAAGGACACUGUGAUUGAGACCGACUUCGGUCUGCGGGUGGCCUAUGACCUCACCUACGAUGUCCGGGUCACCGUCCCUGGCAAUUACCACAGUAAGCUCUGCGGCCUGUGUGGGAACUACAACGGGAAACCCGAGGAUGACUUCCAGAAGCCUGAUGGUCAGCUGGCCACUAACCCUGGAGCCUUCGGAGACUCCUGGGAAGCAGCUGUUCCCGACUCCCCCUGCAACCCCGUCUGUAAUCCCACAUGCCCCGAUGAGCCCGAGUGCGAGGCUGAGCUGGCUGAACCCUACAAGCAGGAGCGCUACUGUGGUUUCAUCGCCAGUACCCAGGGGCCCCUGGCCGCCUGCCACGCCCUGGUCAAUCCCAGCGGCUACUUCGAAAACUGUGUCUUUGACCUCUGCCUGGGCGGGGGCAGCGAAGACAUCCUGUGUGAUAACAUUCACGCCUAUGUGUCAGCCUGUCAAGCUGCCGGUGGCGCUGUCCAGCCUUGGAGGACUGACAAGUUCUGUCCUUUGGAGUGCCCCCCCAAUAGUCACUAUGAGACGUGUGCAGACACCUGUUCACUGAGCUGUGCGGCUCUGAGUGCGCCCCCCAACUGUCCCGGCGCCUGCUCAGAAGGCUGCCAGUGCGACGUGGGCUUCGUCUCGGAUGGCCAGGCGUGCAUACUCAUUCAGGACUGUGGCUGCUAUGUGAAUGGCAGAUACUUUGAGCCCAACCAGCCUGUGCUACUCAACAACUGUAGUCAGCAGUGUACGUGCCAUCCCGGGCAAGGUCUGGUCUGCCAGCGGCAUGAGUGUGGUGCUGGCCAGGUGUGUGAGCCCUCAGGAGGCAUCCUGAGCUGUGUAACCAAAGAUCCCUGCCGGGGCGUGACCUGCCUGGAACAGGAGACAUGCAAAGUUCAGAACGGCCAGGGCGUCUGCGUCCCUAACUCCCAGGCCACCUGCUGGCUGUGGGGUGACCCCCACUAUCACUCCUUCGAUGGUCGAGAAUUUGACUUCCAGGGCACCUGCUCCUAUGUCCUGGCAGCCCUGUGUGGGGGGCCCGCCAGCCUCCCCGCCUUCACCGUCAUCACCAAGAAUGAGAACAGGGGAAACCCUUCCGUUUCCUUUGUGCGCCAGGUCACUGUCACUGCCUAUGGUACCAACAUCUCUAUCCACAAAGAUGAGACUGGCCAAGUGCGGGUGAAUGGUAUAUUGACCACUCUUCCAGUGCGUAUGGCUGGAGGGCGCCUCUCUGUGUCCCAAGGCCCGAACAUGGCUGUGCUGGACACCGACUUUGGCCUUCGUGUCACCUACGACUGGAACUGGAGAGUGGAGGUGACCCUGCCCAGCAGCUACUAUGGGGCUGUGUGUGGGCUGUGCGGAAACUUUGAUGGCAACUCUUCUAACGACAUGGCCUUUCCCAACGGGACCCUAGCACCCUCCAUUCCCAGCUGGGGCGGCAGCUGGCGGGUACCCGAGUGGGACCCUUUCUGCUGGGAUGAGUGCCAAGGGAACUGCCCGAUCUGUGAGGAGGACGAAAAGGAGCAGUACCAGGGCCCCAACUUCUGUGGGCCCCUGGCCCCUGGAGCCAGAGGCCCCUUCUCUGCCUGCCACGCCCACAUCAAGCCCGAUAACUUCUUCACUGGCUGUGUCCUGGAUGUCUGCCUCGGGGGUGGCUCUCAGGACAUCCUCUGCCGAGCCCUGGCCUCUUACGCAGCCGCAUGUCAGGCUGCUGGCAUCACCAUUGGGGACUGGAGGACCCAAGCCAAAUGCCCCUAUGCCUGUGAGGAAAAUAGCCACUACGAGCUAUGUGGUCCAGCCUGUCCACCCAGCUGCCCAGGUCCAAUUCCCGCCCCACCAUGCUCUGGAAAGUGCAGCGAGGGAUGCCAGUGUGAUGACGGCUUCAUCCUGAGUGGCAGUGUCUGCGUGUCCCGGGAGGACGGCUGCGGGUGCUGGGCGAAUGGUACCUACCACGAGGCCGGGGCUGAGUUCUGGGCCGAUGCCAGCUGUUCAUCCCUGUGCCGCUGUGACCCUGACAAAAGCCAGCUCCGCUGCUCCCCGGCAAGCUGUGUGCCAGGCCAGGAGUGUGCCAUCCUGUCCAGCGGCCUCUACGGCUGCCGCCCCCUCAGCAGCGCUGUGUGCCAGGCUUCUGGCGACCCCCAUUAUAUAACCCUGGACGGGAGGUUCUUUGAUUUCCAGGGCUCCUGUGAGUAUCUCCUGAGUGGUACCUGCACUGACCCCAAGCCCGGAAUAGAGACCUUCUUUGUCAUCGUGGCCAACACCCACCGUGGGAACCAGGCUGUCACAUACACCCAGGAUGUGACGCUGCAUGUUUACAGCCACACCUUUGCCCUCAGCAGCUCCUUCCCCCACAAGCUGAAGGUGGACGAUAAGCUGGUGGACCUGCUCUUCUGGCUGGACACACGUCUCCAGGCGUACAUCAGCGGCUCAGACGUGGUGAUAAAAACUGCCUUCGGCCUGACUCUGACCUUCAAUGGGGAUAGCUUGGCCCGGCUGCAGGUCCCCUCUCAGUACCAAGGCGCUUUGUGUGGGCUCUGUGGGGACUAUGAUGGGGACCCUAAAAAUGACCUCACUCCCAAGGGCAGCCAGCCAGGCAAUGACCCCGUGGCCUUUGGCAACAGCUGGAAAGUAGGAGGCAGUGCUGACUGUGGUGUGUGCGGGCCCAGUGGCUGCCCAGACACCUGUGGCAAGCAGGAGCAGUCUCAGUUUGGAGGCCCCGAGGCCUGUGGGGUGAUUUCGGCAACUGACGGACCCCUUGCCUCUUGCCAUGGCCUCGUGGAUCCCACCCCCUUCUUCCAAAACUGCUUGCUGGACACCUGCCAGGCCCAGGGCCAUGCCAACGGCCUCUGUCCGGCGUUGGCCACGUACGUAGCUGCCUGCCAAGCUGCUGGUGCCCAGCUGGAGGAGUGGAGACGGCCGGAUUUCUGCUCCUUUCCCUGCCCUGCCAACAGUCACUACCAGCUCUGCGGUGACUCAUGCCCCAGAAGCUGCCCAGACCUCUCCACUCCGCAAGGCUGUGUCUCGGCUUGUCGCGAGGGCUGUGUGUGUGACUCUGGCUUUGUCCUCAGUGGGGACGCCUGUGUGCCUCUUGGCGAGUGUGGCUGCCUCCACGAAGGUCACUACUACCCCCUGGGGAAGACCUUCUUCCUGGGGGCCGACUGUGAGCAGCGCUGUGAGUGUGGCCCUGGUGGCGUGGUCACCUGCCACGAGGGCUGUCCCUGUGGGCCUCAUGAGGAGUGCCGCCUGGAGGCCGGCGUCCAGACCUGCUACCCCAAGGGCUGUGGCCGCUGUCUAGUGUCCAGCAGCAUCCACUACGUGACCUUUGAUGGCCGGGUCUUUGAUUUCUACGGCUCCUGCUCCUAUGUGCUCACCCGAGUGUGUCAGCCCCUGCCUGGCUACGACAACUUUACCAUCAUCCUGGAAAAGGAUGCCAAGGGAGACCUAGAACGUGUACUGGUGACCGUGGGUGACCAGACUGUGGGCCUGGGCCGAGGCCUGAAGAUCACUGUGGAUGGGGAGUUGGCGGUGCUGCCCGCGGCUGCUGGUUCCGUGAAGCUGACCCCGGAGGGCCGGAAUGUGGUCCUGCAGACCACCCAGGGGCUGCGGCUCCUUUUCGAUGGCGAUGCCCACCUGCUGCUCUCUGUGCCCAGUCCUUACCACGGUCACCUCUGCGGGCUCUGUGGGGACUUCAAUAGAAAUUGGAAUAACGACUUACUCCUGCCAGAUGGCAGCAUGACUUCAGAGGUACACACCUUUGGGGCAGCCUGGCGCGUGCCAGGCUCCCCCUGGAACCGGCCCUGUGGGGAGGGGAAAGAGGCAGGUUGCUGCCCCGUGUGUUCUGCGGAGCAGACAGCUCCCUACGAGAGUCUUCAAGCCUGUGGGCGGCUCCGCGACCCCCAGGGCCCCUUUGCUGCCUGCCACGCCGUGCUGAACCCCUCAGAGUAUUUCCGCCAGUGCGUGUAUGACCUGUGUGCCAACCAUGGCAAUGCCAGCAGCUUGUGCCGCAGCCUGGGCACCUACAUCGCGGACUGCCAGGCUGCUGGGGUCACUCUGAAGCCUUGGAGGAGCGACAGCUUCUGUCCACUCUCCUGCCCAGCUCACAGUCACUACUCAAUCUGCGUUCACGGGUGUGAGGCCUCCUGCUCUGUGCUCUCCGGCCUAGGGGGCUGUACCACCCGCUGCUUUGAGGGCUGUGCUUGUGACCACGGGUUCCUGCUGUCCGGGGGGGUCUGUGUGCCUGUCCAGGACUGCGGCUGUGUUCACCAGGGCAGCUACCUCCCAAGCAACUCCUCCUUGGUGUCUGUGGACUGCUCCCAACGGUGCAACUGCACCCUGGGAGGCCAACUGAGCUGCCAAGCCAUGAGCUGCCCCGCGGGCAGCCUGUGCCAGGUGCAGGCAGGAUCCAGGGGCUGCCAGGGCCCCACCGGUGUCUGCUCCCUCUCCUCCCAACUCAACACUUUCGACGGGCUGGAGGUCUCAGCCGAGGUGGCAGGCAUCUUCGAGCUCUCGGCCCUCCGCUCCGAGACGUCCACAAAUGACUUCCAGUUCCGUGUGCUGGCCGACUUCCAGCCCUGCCUCCAGGCCUUCAAGACGGUGAAGCGGGCCCACGUCUUCGUCAAAGACAGCCUGGUCACGCUGACACCAAAUGGCCCAGUGUGGGUGAACGGACAAGAGACGACCCUCCCCAAUAAGGUGCUCCUGACUGUGUCUGUGCACAAGUCUGCUGAUGGGACCCUCCAAGUGCGUCAGGAGGGAGGGGUGCACGUGCGGCUCAGCCCAGCCGGGGAGCUGGAAGUGAUGGUCGAUGAGGCCCACGCUGGGAAGCUGGGGGGCGCCUGUGGGAACUUUGAUGGGGAUCAGACCAAUGACGUGAAGGACUCCAAAGAGACCGCAACCCUGGAGGACUGGGAAGCCAAGGACUUCUCCCCAUGUUCUACCUGAUUCACGGACCUCCCUGCAUCAUCCUGGACCACGUCAGCGUCCGUGAGACAUCGUCACACCCCUAAGAUGGUUAUUGGGCCCGGUGGCUGAGGGAGGGGGUUGGGACAACAAACCCCCUUCUCCCAAUUAGACCAUUUCUGAGAAAUGCUAAUAAAUCUCUAAAUACAGUCUGGAACAAGUCCA